AUGCUCGAUCAGGAAAACAUAAGUGUCACCAACAAAAAAGAGAGCAACAAGAGGUUGUGGGAGAUCCAUCGCAGAAAAAAUCGGUUCCGGCCGCCGGAGACAAUCGCAGUGUUUGACACGCGCCAACUACGCACGGUGCACCGAUGGCAGCCAUUCUCUCUACCAGUGCCAUGCUCCCGAGCUUUAUCUCCUCCUCAUCGCGUAUCUCCAUCACUCCCCGUGACCACUACAGCCAGCGUGCAAAGAUUCAGGACAAAAAUGUUGUCGUCGGUGACUCAGACUGAAAGUCCAAUUGUGCUUGGAUUUGGUGGUGUGGGGAUUCGAAGCACCAGCUUAAAGGUACAAGGAGGUGGUAAUGCAGGAAAUGCUCUAACUUGUGCAGCUCGUUUAGGAUUGAAUGCAAGGUUAAUAUCCAAGGUAUGCAUGCAGUAUGCUAAUACUUGA